CAAUAAAAUUAAUGAAUGCCAAUUCUACAAUUAAAACUGUAUUGCAUUGUGAGAUAAUAUAAUGAUAUAACAUGUUGACCAUGAGAUGAUAAACUCCGUUCAUCUUAGUUCUUGCAAUGUGUUCUAGAUGUAGAGACUGAAGCGAUCAAGUGCGUCUGAUAUAUAAGUGUUUUUUGAUGAGCGAGCGCGGUAACUCGGUGAUUUCAAUGCUGAAUUGAAUGUUAGAAUGUAAUAUUGAAGAAUUUAAUAUAUGUUGGGUAUAUAUAAAAUGACGAUUUCAAUAGUAGAAAUUAUAUGAGCAUUGAUAUUUUAAUCACAUAAAAUUGAUGGAAAAUAAUUGAACUAUCAAUAAGGGUGUCGCUGCUUAAUAAGAGAGUGCCAUGCAAAUAUUUGUAUGUCUUCCUUGCUAUACCGUUACGAUACACAACGGCGCAUUGCACUUCCUGCUACUUCGGUAAGAAUAUAAAUUGAUCCUGAAAUGCGUUAUCGAGGAUACGUCAUCAGUGAAAUAUAGUAUAUCGGAAUCAUCAUCGAUUAAAUUACAUCACGUGAUAUCGUUUUCUCCCGACCUUGCGACCUGAUCCUGUUCUUUUUGCGUCUCUCCGGAUAUGAAUCAAUCUAUAUUCGAUGUUAUGGGCGGACUGGUAAAGGUCAUCAGCAACCGGUAUGGGUUAACGAACGGGGUAGGAUAACAGGAUGGACUUGGAAGAGGAAAUUUUUGCGAAGGCCUGCCUGGAGGUCGAGGAAGUGUGAGAGAUCCUGAAAUCCGAUUCUUCGGCAUAGGAUGCGCAAGACUUGCAUGAUUCUCGUGAGGACGACGAGAACCGCAGCUAUUGUCAUUGGGAUCCAUCGUCGUCCCCUUUUCCCAUCGGCUCCUCCCUGUCCCCGAUCAUCAUUUUCACGAGCGCCAAAACGCACGGGUAAGAUCCGUCGAUCGCGAGACAAGAGACGGAGAGGGAAGAGGAGGAAAGAGAUCCAUGGCAAAGUGGUCGUCGUGGAAGGGACGGUGGAUCCUGGCGGCCUCGACGUGCCAGCUCCGCCUCGAGUGAAAGUGGGAGAUUUUGCUUUCUAUCCGUUCGCGCGUUCGCCAGUGACAAGCGCGCCUUGAUCGUGGACGAACGCGCACCACGUUUUUCGCAGCGAUGGUACUUGUCAAUUAACACGGCAAGGUUGACAGUUGGCGUCUACUGAAGCUGUGCGAUCCGCGGACGUGAAUGGGGGACCGAUCGGUCGAUCGCGCGUCGAUGAUGAGCUGAGGACCCUGGCCAAGGACCUCCGGCGCGUGCGACUUCAUCGGGACCAACAUCGGCGGUGACCUAAAGCCAGGGGAGACAUGUCGAGGAUCCGAGAUGGAGGAGCGGCUUCGCGCGGCCAGGUCCUACUCCUACGUCUGCUGCUGACCUGCGCGCUCAUCGUCGUCAGUCGCCAAGAGGAAACGGUUCGAUCUUGGGACAAACUCUCACAGUUGAUACCAACAAAUUCGGUCUAUGAGAAGCAAGACCGAAAUGCAUCACCGUCCAGCAAUGAGGCCAGCGAUGCAUCGUUGGUGCAUUCGCUAGACAAGAACAAUGUAAUGGAUGCUUCGAAAUCGAAGGGGAAAAAGGAGGAUCACGUGAAGGAACAGGGGGAGAAGGAACCUAAACUAACGUACGACGAAGAAUACGAAGAUGAUAAGCACGAGGAAGAAGAGGUCGAGGAGAAGAGAGAUUCCUCUGAUAUCAACAAUAGUGCAACCAAGAAAGAGAGAUCUCCGACAGAAACCAGCAGCGUGUCGAAUACUGAAGCGAGAGACAAUUCCAGAGAUGAAGAUUACCUCGAAGAUCCCCCGAUGAAUCAGUACGACAAUACAUAUUAUUAUUACGAUGAAUACGAAAAUGGAAAUAAUUCUCGAUACGACUCCACAGCCGGAGAACAUCUCGAUUAUCCGGACACGGAAUCCGAGGAAGAAGACAUCACUCCGGAAAAUUCGUCAGAAUCAGCAUUGGAGAAGGAAGACGAAGAGGAAGUCUCACACGAAUCACCUACCAACUCAUCAUCAAUCGAGAAAGAAUUUGAUGAUGCGGAACAAGGCGCGUCCAUGGAAGGCAGUGAUAAAACGUUCGCCGUUCUCGGCGCGUCCGAGGAGGAGGCUGACGAAAGCGUCUCCGUCGAGCCGAGUUCCAUCCUGAUAGGCGGCGCCGUGGUAUCCGUGGUGACCACAAAAAGCGUGGUGAACGGCACGAUAUCGGUUCCGACGACGGUUUCACCGACCACGGAGCAAGUCGCGCCGCCACCAUCAUCUUCGUCGUCGGCUGAAACGACGGAACAAUACCCGGAGAUAAUCACCACGGAAGAUUCGAGGAUUCUCGCCUCCGUGCAGACCAGCCGCAGUAUAUCUGGCGCGCGUUUCUUGCCGUUUCCGGUGGUAGAUCGCGUGGAACAGGUGGAGGCGCACGGCGGAUCGCUUGAGAGCAAGAAGACGUCUCUGCCUUCGUCCGAGUCUACGGAGAGCAUCAUCGAUAAACUCGACUGGGCGCAGUCCAGGUUGUCGAGUGAUCUUCUACCAGCCGCCAUACUCGGCACUGGUGGUUUCCGGAACGCCGGUAAUACUUUGCAAUUGGACGUGUUACCCGAGAGGGAUCGCACGACGACUCGCAGGAGUUUUACCACUACAAUCAAAACGCCGGUCAUCAGCAAAUUCGUACCUCGACGUUACAAUGAUAAGAGAUUAGACCACGCUGGCGGUAUUAGUACGGCGAAACCGCGAUUCGAGACCACGGUCGACAAUCUAGAAGGUUUGCUACCUCGGAAUUACGUAUCGAGAGGAACUACACCGAGCACAGGGGUUUCCAAGGUCAAUUUCAGAUGGCCUUCCUCAUUGAAACCGACAACGUCCACGGAAGUAACAGAGCCAAAGGCCACGUCGACCACACCACGAGCAAAACCUAAAAGCAGUAUUGUCGUUCAAGAUAUUAGCGCGUUCUUGCCAUCAGGAUAUAAAUUGAAAAAAGAAGACACAGCUGUUACAGAAAGUUCACUUUUAAGCGACAUUCUCGCCAAAUCCAAGGUCGACAUUUCAUCUCUGUUACCAGCUGACUACGAUAAGAAGAAGGUCGAGGAAGAAUCCAAGUCCAAAAGUACCACAAUAAAGACAACGACUACAUCGACAACAGUGAAGAGUACAGCUGUUUCCCCCGAAAAGAUCGUCUCUUCUAUUCAAGAUCUCUUUGCAUCUUCCAAAGUCGAUAUCUCUGCCUUGCUACCUAAGGAUUAUGAACAAAAGAAAAAGGAUCUUGUUUCAGAUACCGAAACCGGCGAUGCAAAUAGCGAACAGAAUGUAACAGUCACAGAACGGACCGAUGCCGAGUCACCUACUACGAAGAAGGUCGGCAGCUUGAAGAUCGUGUUUCCUAGCAGACCAGGCGGUCGCAAGCCUAUUCAUAAAAUUACUACUCCGCAAACUGCACGUGGAGACGGUCCUAGUACAGUGACACCAAAAAUACAGAAAGGAUGGCCGACUAGAGCUACUACAGAGUUCACCGGAUGGCCAACUCCGUCCACCACACCGAUCUCCAUCGAGAAGCUAUUGGAAGCUGCGCGAACAGCUACAGUAGCGUCGGUGAAUAUGUCGCUUAUUCCCAGCACAAACGAGAUCUCAAGCACAUCGUCGACGUCGACGACGACGACGACGACACCGAGACCGACGACUCCCGGUAUAUGCGACGAUGAAUGCGAGGUCGCCGGCACGAUACGUAUCAUCGGAAACGCGACAUGGGUGCCAGAAUUGUUCGAUCGGAACACUCGUGAGUGGCAGGAACUUGCGAAUCAAGUGGAACGAGAGAUGGACUUUAUAUUCUCAAAAUCCAGUGUUUUAAUGAACUGGUAUAAAAAUAUAAGGAUCGACUCCUUCAGUCAAGGCAGCAUCCUAGUAGACUACUUUAUCGAACUGGCCAAUGUGGAGCAAAAAGUAAAUACACAGGAACUGAAAGUGAUUUUCCACGAUUCGCUCAGAACGUACAAUGCUAAUCGAUGGAACGAAACAAGUACGAAGGGUGCGUUAAGGAUGGGAGUCUUUACUAUCGAUCCUAGAUACACCGAUUUUGUAGUGAUACCUAAGACGAUUACACCACAGUAUAUGGAGAAGGACGAUAAGUUAAUACCUCAGUGGGCUAUCGCGGUGAUAGUAAUAGGAGUCGGAGGUUUACUAUUCAUUAUCGUGUUUGGCGUAUCUGUGCUCGUCAAUAGACAAAACAGAUCCAAGUUAAAACCGACUAUGUCCACUAUUUAUGAUGAAGAGAUAGUUAAACACACGUCUAAUCACAGAUCUAGUGAUUAUUCAAAACCGGUACAUACGAUAUGGACCGAUCCUGAUGUCUCUUGGAAUGAUAAGUCUUUCGAGUCGACUUCUAAUAAGAUUCUGGUCGAUAAAUCUUUCCAGGAUAACAAAAAGUACAAUCUAUACGAUAGUUGGCGAUCGGAAUGGAACGGAUAUUAUUAUAAUCCUUCGCAUAGCAGCAAGUAUGGUUACGACAGUACCACGAACUUAUCCAGCCGUCACUAUCCCGAUUAUGACACAAACUUCUAAACUUGACGGUAAUAAAAAUUACGAUUUCUUCUACUGA